GCAUUGCUUUCAGUGAGGUGGAGGAGUAUUUUCUGCUCCAAUUCUGGUAGCAUAAGAAGCCUUGAAUUACAAAACAUCUGUCUUUAGGACUACUUUAUAUGUGUGAAUAAAGGGACAUGGCACAGCAUAACAAGAAUAUUAACCAAAAUGAAGAGUUGCUUGCAGCCUUCACUUGGCAAGUUCUUGACACAGAUAAUGUGGAACAGAAAACCUACAGUGAUGCUGACGUGGUCAAACAUCUGUUAGCUGAGAAAGAUCGGGACCUGGAACUGGCAGCUCGAAUUGGACAAGCCCUGCUUAAGCGAAAUCAUCUGUUGGUGGAACAGAAUGAAUCACUAGAAGAACAGUUAGGACAAACUCUAGAUCGAGUUAACCAGCUGCAACAUGAACUGUCAAAGAAGGAUGACCUGCUUCGUGUUGUCUCUAUCGCUUCCGAGGAGAGUGAAACAGAUUCCAGCUGUUCCACACCACUUCGAUUCAAUGAGUCUUUCAAUGUGUCACACGAUCUUUUACACCUGGAUGUGUUGCAAGAUAAACUCAGGGAGCUGGAAGAGGAGAACCUUGCUCUCCGAUCGAAGGCUUGCCAUCUGAAGACAGAAACCAUUACAUAUGAAGAGAAGGAACAGCAGCUGGUCAAUGACUGUGUCAAAGAGCUCCGGCAAACUAAUGCUCAAAUUUCCAGAAUAACAGAGGAGUUGUCAGAGAAGAGUGAGGAAUUGGUUCGCUACCAGGAAGAGAUCUCAUCCCUCUUGUCUCAGAUUGUUGAUCUUCAACAUAAACUCAAAGAGCAUGUGAUUGAAAAGGAGGAGCUGAAACUUCACUUGCAAGCUUCCAAAGAUGCUCAGAGACAACUGACGGCAGAGCUACACGAGUUGCAAGAUAGGAACGCAGAGUGUCUCGGGAUGUUGCACGAAUCACAAGAAGAAGUGAAGUUGCUGCGCAGCAGAGCCAGCUCUGUUGCUUGUCGCUGCCACCCCCAGUCACAUGGAGCAUUUCCUGUGGAUUCCCUUGCAGCAGAAAUUGAAGGGACAAUGCGGAAGGAAUUGAGUCAGGGUGAUGAAUCUGUUCUCUCCAAGCAAAAGUGUCAACAGAAACGAGUAUUUGACACUGUCAGGGUUGCUAAUGUCACGCGUUGCCGCUCCUCUUCUUUUCCUGCGCCAUUGCCAAUCCCUGGAUCAAAUCGGUCAAGUGUUGUUAUGACGGCAAAGCCCUUCCAGUCUGGGGUACGCCAGUCGGAGAUCCACACACAGAUGACCCAGAGGAGCAGCUCUGAGAAGAAUUUGAAAGACACUCAUAACCCUGGUGAGCCGGGAACCCCUGGAGACAAUGACUUAGUCACAGCUCUGCACAGACUCUCCCUCCGUCGCCAGAACUACCUGAGUGAGAAGCAGUUUUUUGAGGAGGAAUGGGAGCGAAAAAUGCAUUUGCUGUCUGAGCAGAAAGAAGGGACUAGUGGCUGUAGUACGCCAACAGAAAACUGUUUUUCCCUGGGUACAAACUCAGAAUUCACCGAUCUCUCUGCCAGCUCUAGUAACCUCCGUGUCCUCCUACCAGAGAAAUUGCAAAUUGUCAAACCCAUUGAAGGAUCUCAGACCCUGUUUCACUGGCAACAGCUUGCUCGACCCAACCUAGGCACCAUUCUUGACCCAAGACCAGGUGUUGUUACAAAAGGCUUUACCCCUUUGUCUGAUGAUACUGUGUACCACAUCUCUGACUUGGAGGAGGAUGAUGGGGAAGAAGAUGAAGGAGGUAUAACAUUUCAAGUGCAACAGUCCUUCCCGGAGGAAAAGAAAUGUACAGUGGCAAAGCCAGUGGCAGGGAUUUUCCUGCCCCCUAUUUCUUCAGCAGCCGUACCACUCACUGCCUCGAAUCCGGGGAAGUGUUUGUCUUCCACAAAUUCCACGUUUACCUUUACUACCUGUAGGAUUCUUCACCCAUCUGAUGUCACUCAAGUUACUCCCAGCUCCACAGGUGCCCCAUUUUCACUUGGAAAUACUGGCAGCAGUAUUGGAAACCCAGUAGUGAGCACUCCAGCCAUGUCUUACAGGCUUAGCAUUGGAGAAUUUCUCACCAACAGAAGGGAUUCAACUACUACCUUCAGCAGCACAAGCAGUCUGGCUAAACUUCUGCAAGAACGAGGCAUCUCUGCCAAGGUUUACGAUAGCCCAGUAUUAGAAAAACUGCCUUUGCUACAGCCCCCUCGAAUUCUCCCCAUUCCUUCUACACCACCAAAUUCUCCCUCGCGUUCACCUUGUCCUUCCCCUCCACCGCUUGAGCCUCGAGUGCAUCACUCGGAAAAUUUCCUGGCUUCUCGACCAGCAGAAACAUUCUUGCAAGAAAUGUACGGCCUAAAGCCCUCUCGUAACGUUGCAGACGUAGGCCAGCUGAAGAUGAACCUGGUAGACAGACUGAAGAGGCUGGGUAUUGCCAGGGUGAUAAAGCCCCCUGAGACACAGGACCACGGGAAGAAUCAAGGGCCAGAGGUGAGCUUGCGGAGACAGGACUCAACUGUGUUCUUAAAUGCAGGUAGCAACUUAAUGGCAGGACUGAGAAGAAACCAGAGCCUUCCAGCCAUGAUCGGAGCAUUGGGAGCUCCAGUUUGCACACAGUCAUCAAAAAUGGAUAUCCUAAAGGAGGACUGA